AUGGAGAUAGGUUCGGAGCAGGCACGCACGUACGUCAGUGCAAGUCCGGGGCUCGCAAUGGCCCAAGGGCACGGCGGUGACCCGCACCACGAGGACUUCCAGCUCAAGGACACCAACCCGCUGCUGGGCGAGCAAUGGCCCAAGGGCGCGGCGGGCCUGGCGCGCCCCGCGGGCGGCGGCGGCGGCGGGCUCGCCGGCUGGCUGGGCGUGGACAAGCCGUCGAGCACGUACGACCUCGUGGAGCAGAUGUUCUUCCUGUACGUGCGCGUCGUCAAGGCCAAGGACCUGCCCCUGAACCCCAUCACCGGCGCGCCCAUGGACCCCUACGUCGAGGUCCGCCUCGGCAACUACAAGGGCAAGACGCGGCACUUCGACCGCCGCGCCAACACGGAGUGGGACCAGGUGUUCGCCUUCUCCAAGUCCCGCGUCCAGUCCAACGUCCUCGAGGUCUUCCUCAAGGACCGCGAGAUGCUGGGCCGCGACGACUACGUCGGCAAGGUCACCUUCGACCUCGCCGAGGUGCCCACGCGGGUGCCGCCCGACAGCCCGCUGGCCCCGCAGUGGUACCGCCUCGAGGACCGGCGCGGCGAGGGGGGCAAGGCCGACGAGGCGUUCCCGGAGGCGUGGCACUCGGACGCCGCGGCGGUGCGCGGCGAGGGCGUCGCCAGCGUGCGCUCCAAGGCCUACGUGUCGCCCAAGCUCUGGUACCUCCGCGUCAACGUGAUCGAGGCGCAGGACGUGCAGCCGCAGGAGCGCGGCCGCGCGCCGGAGGUGUUCGUCAAGGCGCAGGUGGGGAACCAGAUCCUCAAGACGUCGGUGUCGCCGGCGCCCACGCUGAACCCGCGGUGGAACGAGGACCUGCUCUUCGUCGUCGCCGAGCCGUUCGAGGAGCAGCUGGUGCUGACGGUGGAGGACCGGGUGUCCCCGCGCAAGGACGACCUGCUGGGACGCGUCGUGCUGCCGCUAACGCUCUUCGAGAAGCGGUUGGACCACCGACCCUUCGUGCAGUCCCGCUGGUUCGACCUCGAGAAGUUCGGCGUCGGGGCGGCCAUCGAGGGCGAGACGCGGCGGGAGCUCCGGUUCGCCAGCCGCGUCCACGUGCGCACCUGCCUCGAGGGCGCCUACCACGUCAUGGACGAGUCCACCAUGUACAUCAGCGACACCCGCCCCACGGCGCGGCAGCUGUGGAAGCCGCCCGUCGGCGUGCUCGAGGUCGGCAUCCUCGGCGCCGCCGGGCUGCAGCCCAUGAAGACCAUCGACGGCCGCGGCACCACCGACGCGUACUGCGUUGCCAAGUACGGCCAGAAGUGGGUGCGCACGCGCACCAUGAUCGGCACCUUCGGCCCCACGUGGAACGAGCAGUACACGUGGGAGGUGUUCGACCCCUGCACCGUCAUCACCAUCGGCGUCUUCGACAACUGCCACCUCGGCGUGAACAACGGCGGCGGCCAGCCGGCGAGGGACGCCCGCAUCGGCAAGAUCCGCAUCCGGCUGUCGACGCUGGAGACCGACCGCGUCUACACGCACGCGUAUCCGCUUAUCGCGCUGCAGCGGUCCGGGGUGAAGAAGAUGGGCGAGCUCCGGCUCGCCGUGCGCUUCACCUGCCUCUCGCUCAUCAACAUGGUGCACCUCUACACGCAGCCGCUGCUCCCCAGGAUGCACUACCUGCACCCGUUCACGGUGAUGCAGCUGGACGCGCUCCGGUACCAGGCCAUGGGCAUCGUGGCGGCGCGGCUGGGGCGCGCGGAGCCGCCGCUGCACCGGGAGGUGGUGGAGUACAUGCUGGACGUGGAGUCCCACAUGUGGAGCAUGCGGCGGAGCAAGGCCAACUUCUUCCGCGCCGUGUCGCUCUUCUCGGGCUUCGCCGCCGCCGCGCGCUGGUUCAGCGACGUGUGCCACUGGAAGAACGUGGCCACGACGGCGCUGGUGCACGUGCUGCUGCUCAUCCUGGUGUGGUACCCGGAGCUGAUCCUCCCCACCGUCUUCCUCUACAUGUUCCUCAUCGGGCUGUGGAACUACCGCCGCCGGCCGCGCCACCCGCCGCACAUGGACACCAAGAUGUCGUGGGCCGAGGCGGUGCACCCGGACGAGCUGGACGAGGAGUUCGACACGUUCCCGACGUCGCGGCCGCAGGACGUGGUGUACAUGCGCUACGACCGCCUGCGGAGCGUGGCCGGGAGGAUACAGACGGUGGUCGGCGACAUGGCCACGCAGGGGGAACGCCUGCAGUCGCUGCUCAGCUGGCGCGACCCGAGGGCGACGUGCCUCUUCGUCAUAUUCUGCCUCCUCGCAGCAGUGGUGCUCUACGUCACGCCCUUCCGCAUCGUCGCGCUCGUCGCGGGGCUCUACGUGCUGCGCCACCCGAGGUUCCGGAGCAGGCUGCCUUCCGUGCCCAGCAACUUCUUCCGCCGCCUGCCGUCGCGCGCUGACACCAUGCUUUGA